UGGAAAGUUCAGUUACUAACAAUAAGUCAAGGUAUUUGGACGUGUUUGGAAUUAUUUUUUGGCAAAAUAAAUUAGUCCGCUAUGCCACCCCCACCCCACGAUCACUGCGGAGGACCACCUCCCCGUCGCGGACCCGUCAUUAAGGUCCAGAUUGCACCACCAUGGCCACGCCGUCACCACCGUCCACCACCGCAAGUUGUGGUUGUACAGCAAGCACCACCACCCCCACCGCCAGUUAUGGUGGUGCAGCAGGCGGCUACUUACAACCCAACACCACCACCACCUUCCUACUACCCUCCGCCGCCACCACCUGGCAGUGGCCACUACCACAAUCCACAGUACUAGAAAUCUUUGAUCUUAACCACAAGAAUUUAUAUAUAGACAUGUAUAGUAUAUAGAAAAAUAAAUAAAAAAUAAAACCAA